GGACACACAGACGAGACGACCACAAAUCACUCCGGCCGGUCGUAUCCACACUGCUAGUGCUACUUGCUGCCGCUUCUUUCCUUGGUCUCUCGUUGUUCUCUGCGGCGACUAGACUACAGUGGGUCUCCCCACAAUCUGCGGCGGCGACGGCGUCGAAGAGCUCGAUCUGUUCAACGUUCGCUCAGCAGAGGCGAAGAGUUGCUGUUCGGUGUUCUUCAGGAUGCUCUUCUUCGAUUGAGCCAAGCCAGAAUUGGAUCUAUAUUCUCCAGUAGUUCAUCUUGGGUUGCUGCAAAUUGGAUUUGAAGGAGCUGCUAUUCAAGAAUUUCGACCCAAGGACAAUGCUAUAGCGGUGUGCAGAUCAGAGAGCAAAGACAAAUAAAAUAUCGAGGUAUGGAGGCCGCUGCUGGGGCGUUGAGCCCUGUCCUCCGUAAGCUCGGUGAGCUGCUCGCCGGAGAAUACAACCUGGAGAAGCGAGUAAAGAAAGGUGUACAAUCACUUCGUACAGAACUGGAGAUGAUACACGCCGUACUUCGUGAGGUUGGCAAGGUGCCACUGGAUCAGCUCCAGGAGCCGGUCCGGAUUUGGGCUGGCAAGGUGAGAGACCUCUCUUGCGACAUGGAAGACGCUGUUGAUGACUUUCUGGUGCGUGUGGAUGAGGGUCCAAGCAGCAAGCCAACGAACAUGAGGAAUCGUGUCAAGAAGUUCCUCAAGAAGACCACCAAAUUGUUUGGUAAUGGCAAAGCACUUCAUCAAAUCUCUAGUGCCAUCAAAGAAGCUGAGGACCUUGCCACGGAGUUGGUGGGGCUGCGUAAAAAGUAUGAGCUUGACAUGCGUAGCACUAGCAAUGGUGCUACCAUUGACCCUCGUGUGUUAGCUCUGCACAAAGAUGUAGGGGAGCUUGUUGGCGUUGACUGCACAAGGGAUGAGCUUAUCAAAACACUGAUUUGUGAGGACGGGAGUUCCAAGGAGCAAUUGAAGACCAUCUCUAUUGUUGGUGUUGGUGGGCUAGGCAAGACAACACUCACCAAAGCAGUCUAUGAGAAGAUCAAAGCCCAAUUUGGUCGUGUGGCUUUUGUCCCAGUGGGUCAGAACCCAGAUAUCAAAAAAGUUUUCAAGGACUUACUCUAUGAACUUGACAAUGAAAAAUUCAGUGACAUUCAUAAUACAACACGGGAUGAAAAUCUACUCAUCAAGCAAAUCAGUGAUUACCUUGUGGAUAAGAGGUACCUCAUCGUAAUUGAUGAUAUAUGGGAAGAACAAAUAUGGAGAUGUAUAAAUUGUGCUUUGUAUAAAAACAAACUUCAUAGUCGGGUAAUCACAACAACCCGCAAUAUGAGCGUGUCUGAAGCAUGUCUCUCUUCCAGUGAUGACAUGAUUCACAAAAUGAAACCUCUUUCCGAUGAAGACUCGCAGAUACUCUUCCAUAGAAGAAUAUUUCAAAGCGAGGAGAAAUGUCCAGAAGAUUUGCAAGCAAUAUCAAGAGAGAUAUUGAAGAAAUGUGGUGGUGUACCAUUAGCCAUCAUCUCGAGCAUCUUCAUGUUUGUCUGCAGCGUGAGAAUUCUAGCGACGAAGAGAUGGAGACAGCCAAGGCUUGGCUGAGGCGCGCAGCACAAGCCCAUCCAAAACGUCCCACCAUUCACAUCCUUGACUGUUGAGUGCUGACAUGCCUUUGCCGCCAGUAAGGGCUUCAACAAGAUCCUGGAUAUGCAGGUACUAGUAAUUCCAUCAGUUGAUGCCGUGGAUGCUGUUCCAACAUUUUGAUAGGCCACAAACAAUUCACUGUGCCGUCGCAGUCACCAACAAUUCACUGUACCGCCGCAACUCCCAAUAAACCAAGGCUCAUUCCCUCCAACGUAUGCUCAGAUUCUGCCCUUUCACAUGAUUGUUCAUGAUGAACUAUUUAUUUCUCCUGCAUUUGCUUUCAGAAACGCAGCACCUCAUUUCCUUUAUUAAGUCAAGACUCUGUACAAUAAAAGUUUGCAUUCAGUUGGCACUAUUUGUAGCAGUAAUGCCUCUACGUGUAUUUGAUUGUUCACAUACAACAUUGUUAUGUUUUA